AUUUCAGGUCGAGAUGGUAGAGAUGGGUUACCAGGACCCCCCGGUCCACCUGGGAAACCAGGCCCUGCGGGUGAGUUGGCUGCAGAUUGCAUACGUUUAAUCAGUCUUCCAGUUUUUGAAAACAAUUAUUAAUCUGCUGCAUUAUUGGAUGUACUAAAAAUCUUAGGGUAGUAAUUUUUCGCCGCAAUUAUGAUGCAAAAAAGUACAAACUGGGAGGAAAUCAGUGGCAAAGAUGGUAAAUACCGCAUUGGCAUGCUAGUCUACAUCGGGUUGUAUAUCAAUUCAUUGGCACACGCGAUAUUUACCAUGUUUACCCUUAAUUUCUUCUUUUUUGCAUCUUAUUAAUGCCCUGAGAAAAUUUGGGGUAAAACUAAUUUUUCGUGCAGUGAUUCUACAAAAAGUGUCAGAAGCCACUUUGUCUUAAAACAAGAAUUAAAUCUACUAUCCGGUCUUCUUAGGGGAUUCUUGGAGGAAGAGAUUACCACCCACGAAUCAGCCUGAUUUGUUGCAAGACAGGUUUGAACGUAGGAGGUAAUUGCGCAACAUAGCUUUGCAACUCGAUUUGUAGAAAUAUUGAAAAACAAGUUGCUCGUUUUUGUUGCAAGUUUUUCCUUAGUUUUAGCAUAGUUCUAUUUUUCUUCAGGUAGGGACGGUAGAGAUGGAAGAGUGGGUCCCCGGGGACUUCGAGGACUCCCGGGACCAAAAGGUAUGAUCUGUGCUGCCUAGAGCAGAUUAACCGGGCAUAUGCUACGCGAGGUAUAACAUAAUUAUGUGCACCAUAAAUUAUUGGCCAAACAUAAGUUGUUGAGCAUGAGGUUUACUCUGCGCAACUGACACAAAAAUACCUUGUUAUAUGAUGAUCAGUUUAUAUAAUCUUGGCACGCUGUAGGUCCCAUAUUCCUAUCCUGUAGAUGUAAUAGGGAAACUUAUUUAAUAUCUGAUAUGGCAUGGAAUGUAGCAAGGGUAGAACCAUGCACAUAACAAAUAGAGAUGCACAUAACAAAUAGAGAAUCGUACUCAAAUGUGCUCCAUCAACGGAUCGCUCUCUCAAAGCUGUUUAUUAAGUUGUGGUGUUCCCCAGGGGAUGAUUUUAGGUCCAUUAUUAUUUCUGUUAUACAUCAACGAUCUUCCAAACUGUCUUUCAAAUUGUGAGCCGAGGAUGUACGCUGAUGACACCCACCUUACGUACGCAGGUGAUAAUGCAGACAAUAUUCAGUUGCAUCUAAAUCAAGAUUUAGAAAAUGUUCACAAUUGGCUGAGAGCAAACAAACUUACUCUAAAUAUGACUAAAACCGAAUUUAUGCUUAUCGGAUCUAGGCAGAGGCUAAGUACUCUCACAGAGUCCCCGACAUUUGCAAUUAAUGAUUUUGAAGUUAGCCAGGUGACUACUGCAAAAUCACUUGGAGUGACCAUCGAUGACAGACUUGAUUGGAGUGGCCAUAUCGAGAAAGUAACAAAGAAAGUCGCUUCUGGUAUUGGGGCCAUAAAACGAAUAAGGCACCUUGUCCCUCAGGCGACCUUACAACUAAUAUAUCAAGCUUUAAUACAGCCACACUUUGAUUAUUGCAACAUUGUUUGGGGAAACUGUGGGAUAACCUUACGGAAUAAGGUUCAAAAGCUACAAAACAGAGCAGCCCGUGUUUUGACCUACUCAAGCUAUGACGUAGAUGCUGGUCACCUUUUCAAACUUCUAGGGUGGAAAAACCUAGCUUGCCAGCAACAAUUUCAAAAGAGCUACGAUGGUUUACAGGUCUCUGCACGGGUUGGCUCCAAACUAUCUUAGUUCUAAAUUUGAAAGGCGAGAAGUCGCAUAUAACCUAAGGGACUCUGAAAAUAAACUCAAUGUUCCAUUACCGCGCACAAACUAUUACAAAAACAGCUUCAGCUAUAGUGGCGCCAUUCUCUGGAACAGUCUUCCUUGUAACUUAAGGGAAGCAGAGUCCCUUGGGCAAUUUAAACGACUACUCAAAGAACUGUAAGGCACGGCAUUCGUGGAAAGCAGCUUUUUUAUUUAAAUAUUUUUAUUAUAUUAGUAUUAGGCAUUUUUAAAGCUGACGAAUUUUGUACCGUGGAUAAAUAAAGAUUAUCUAUCUAUCUAUCUAUCUAUCUAUCUAUCUAUCUAUCUAUCUAUCUAUCUAUCUAUCUAUCUAUCUAUCUAUCUAUCUAGCUUACAAUAGUUCGUGGGGAAAUACAGUGCCGGCCAAAGAUCCUACCACCAUUCAGUUUCCUCUCACAGAAACCUGCUUUAACUAGACCUUCCCCCCUUCUCUGAAUUCAUUCAUCUGUCCCCGGCAAAUUGUAGUAGAUAAACAAGUUCAGAUUACUUUUGACUCCUGUAUUACCGCACACCCUUACUCUCUUAAUAACCUUUAUGAAUAGUUCUCGAAAGGCGAAGGAAAGUCGUUUAACGAUCAAUGUGUAGCGGCAAAGUUUAUCAUUUUAGCACUUUGGAAGAUUAAAAUAAAUGGCUGGCAUGAACGUGAAUCAUGAAAGUCUAGUAAACAAUUAAAUUGGAAAGUACUUUGUACAGUUUUUAAGCACUAGUUUUUUUUUUUUUGGUUUGUUUGUUUGUUUUUUAUUCGUUUUUUUAUUUUAUUUUAUUAGAAAUCUCACUCGUUCGCUCCGCUCACUAGCCUGCGCCGCUGACAAAACUAAACUCUGCCGAUUAAGUCCGUUUGCGAAACAGCACCGAAAUCCUUGUUCUGGGCCCCCAGCUGUGUAUCAGGAUUUAAGUACGCGCCAUGAUUGGUCUGUGAAAAAUGCCAUAGUCGAUUUGCCAAACAAGAUGACAGCUCACAGCGUAAACAUAAUAGCGUACUCGCGUACUUUCCAUGAAGUCCUGUACAUGUAGAUUCAUAUGUAAUGUAAUGAGUGGAAUAUGAUCCAUUCAUCCUUUUUAUGUUCCCCAGGAGAUGUUGGUGAAACUGGAAGUGUUGGCCCCCAGGGUCCCCCCGGACCACAAGGAGAGAAGGGAAAGGGACUGUCUGGGGUGAAAUACGUUCGCUGGGGAAGGACCAACUGCUCUGGAAAUGCUACGACGGUGUACAGUGGU